AUGGCUUUAUCGUUUCCAAUUAGUACUGUAAUUUUCUCAAUUUUCUUCUGGUUGUCCCUUUUGCUGGGUUGCUUUGGCGAUGGGGCUAGCAAGGAUCCCUCCAAAAGUGCACCUGGUUGUGACAAUCCUUACAAAUUGGUAAAGGUUGAUAACUGGGUUAAUGGUGUUGCUGGUGAAACUUACACCGGUGUUACAGCAAGAUUCGGUGCAAUACUACCCCUUGAGGUGGAUAAGAGUGUCAAAUUAUCUGCUGUUGUGGCAAACCCAUUGACAUGUUGCUCUACUCCAUCUACAAAGUUAUCUAGCUCAAUUGCCUUAGUUGCUCGUGGAGAUUGUUCCUUCGAGGCAAAGGCAAAUCUUGCACAGUCAAAUGGUGCAAAAGCUUUGUUAGUGAUAAACGACGAUGAAGGGACUAUCGAGAUGGGUUGUGACGAUGAUACCCCUGCUACGAACAUUACCAUUCCUAUUGUGAUGGUUCCCAAGUCAACUGCUGAGAGUUUCAGGAAAGCAUUGCAGGAGGGCCACAAAGUGGAAAUUGGAUUGUGGGCACCCGAUCGUCCAGUCGUAUCUUUCUCGGUUGCGUUCUUAUGGUUGAUGGCUGUAUCGACGGUUGCUACUGCCUCACUUUGGCCAGAAAUAGCUAAAACAAAGGAUUCAGAGCCGCGUUACGAUGAUUUUUCUCCAAAGAGUGCUUCCGAUGGUGCAACGAGUAAAGAGAACACCGAGGAGAUCAUUAACAUCGAUGUGAAGAGUGCAAUAAUAUUUGUGAUUAGCGCAUCCACGUUUUUGGUUCUACUCUUCUUCUUCAUGUCGAGCUGGUUUGUGUGGCUCUUAAUUGUACUCUUCUGCAUCGGUGGCGUUGAGGGUAUGCAUACCCUUAUAGUAACUCUCAUCUCAAGGGGCUGCACAUGUCAAAAGAAAGUGACCUUACCCUAUUUUGGGGAAACGACCAUUGUUUCCCUAAUCGUGCUCAUCUUUUGCUUAGCAUUUGCUAUUGCUUGGGCUAUCACUCGAAAGGCAUCAUUUUCAUGGAUUGGUCAAGAUGUUCUUGGCAUUUGCUUGAUGAUAUCAAUUCUGCAAGUGGCACGGUUGCCUAAUAUUAAGGUUGCUACCGUGCUCCUCUGUUGUGCGUUCGUUUAUGAUAUCUUUUGGGUGUUCUUAUCACCCAUUAUAUUUCAUCAGAGCGUGAUGAUCGCUGUUGCUAAAGGAAACAAUAGCGGUGGAGAAUCGAUUCCCAUGCUCCUGAGAUUUCCUCGAUUGACUGAUCCGUGGGGUGGCUAUGAUAUGAUCGGAUUUGGGGACAUCCUUUUCCCCGGAUUGCUUGUGGGUUUUUCUCUAAGAUUCGACAAAGAAAACAAAAAGAGCUGGGCAAGUGGAUAUUUCAUCUGGUUGAUGGUUGGCUAUGCAUUUGGCCUCUUUUUCACAUACCUCGGCUUAUAUCUAAUGCAUGGGCAUGGCCAACCAGCACUACUAUACUUGGUUCCUUGUACACUAGGGGUUUGCGUGGUGUUGGGGCUAAUACGAGGUGAGUUGAAAGACUUGUGGAAUCAUGGGUCUAGCUCUACCCCAACGGCUUCUCUUGGAGGUGCAUGA